GAAACGUGGUCAUGCACUUGGCUAUUUGUAGCGCGACAUUCAAUGCUGCAAUCAAAAGCUUGCAUGAGAGCCACCAUGAUUGCAGCAAGCUUUGUCCGCCCUGAUCGCCUCGCUAAAAGCUUUACGCUCUCUCUUCAAGCUCCUCGCUCAACCCUUUCUGCUGCUGAAGCGCAAUUAGGUUGGCAACCCUGGAGAACAUUCGUGCAGAGGAGGAGCUCAGAGCUCGCCGUUCAGAGAAAUUCUGACUGGGCGCCUAGAAGCCCCCAAGGGACUCCUUUGCUAGGACCAGGUCUCAGCAGCACGCUCGUAUACCCUGCAUUGAUUCAUCUGACGUCGAGGCGGGGGCCCCCGGCAUCGCUGAGCGUAAUGGCAACCGCUGCUGGCACAAAGCAGGAGGCGCCAUUCGGUGCUUGGAAGUCACCACUGACCACCGAGCUGGUGACUUCGGGGUCGCUCAGGCUGGGACAGGCACAGAUCAGUGACGAUGGAAAACUUGUUUGGAAGGAAGGGAGACCUUCAGAAGCCGGGCGGAGUGUCCUGGUUAUGCGGGACGGCCUGUCUGAUGGUCCACAGAAGGACCUUACUCCCGCGGACCACAACGUUCGUACCCUGGUCCAUGAAUAUGGGGGAGAGAGCUGGGGGUUGUUCGCUGACUGCGUCAUCUAUUCAAACAUGAAGGAUCAGCGGCUCUACAUGCAGAAAUUGACUGGAGAUCAGACUCCUGUUGCGCUGACUCCGGAGGUCGAAGGGAUGAAGGUCAGGUAUGGCGAUGGGGUGCUCGACACGCAGCGCCAACGCUUCAUCACCAUCAGAGAAGAUCAUCGAGAAGAAGGGAAGGAGUGCAAAAACGAGAUUGUAGCGGUUGACCUGACAAAUCCAACCGCUGAACCUGUCGUGCUGGUGACUGGCCACGACUUCGUAAGCUACCCCCGUCUAAGUCCUGACGGGCGCCAGCUGGCGUUCACCACGUGGGAGCAUCCGAAUAUGCCCUGGGACGCAACGCAGCUCUGGCUAGCUGACGUCACCGAUGCAGGGGAGUUGAGCAACGUCCGGUCAAUUGCAGGCGGGAAGGAUGGGGCUGUUGAGGCGGCCACACAACCUAGCUGGUCGCCUGCAGGCGAACUCUUCUAUGUCACCGAUAAAGGCACCGGCUUUUGGAACAUCCACAGAUGGGACGGAUCGUCGUCUGAAGCAAUCACCUCGCUCGAGGCGGAGUUCGCCCUGCCGCAGUGGUUGUUGGGCAUCCAGACGUUCACCUUCGUCCCUGAGACUGCGGGCAAAGGAACGCACAUCCUGGCCGCCUAUCGAGACAAAGGCAUCGGCAAGCUGGCCGUAAUCGACGCCUCCUCCAAAGCCCUGUACCCGGUCGAGACCGCCUACUCCGACAUAUCAUAUGUGGGGUCUGGAGGAGGCAAGCUUUUGACCGUGGCAGCCUCGGCGACCGAAGCCCCUUCCGUGUUGUCGGUCGAACUCUCACCCGAUCUCAAGGGCGGCGUCGCUCAGAGCGUGCUCUUCUGCUCCAGCUCGCUGGACACGGGCAAGUACCGGCCGUACCUGACGGUCCCCGAGUCCAUCAGCUUCCCCACCAAGGACGGCGAGACGGCAUACGCUAUUUACUACCCGCCCGCCAACGCCGACUUCCAGGGGACGCCAGGGGAGAAGCCGCCGCUGCUCGUCAAGAGCCACGGAGGUCCCACCUCCGAGGUGGGCACGUCCUUGAAGCUGGGCAUCCAGUACUGGACCUCUCGCGGUUGGGCCGUCGCAGACGUCAACUACAGGGGUAGCACCGGGUACGGGCGGGAGUACCGCGAGAAGCUAUACGGCACGUGGGGCAUCGUAGACAUUGACGACUGCUGUAGCGCGGCAGACUACCUGGUGAAGGCCGGCAAGGUGGACGGGCAGCGGCUGGCCAUUGACGGCGGCUCCGCGGGCGGGUACACCACGCUGGCCGUGCUCGCGUUCCGGGACACCUUCAAGGCGGGCUGCUCCUACUACGGGGUGAGCGACCUUAUGACCCUGGCACAGGAGACGCACAAGUUCGAGUCGCGCUACCUGGACAAGCUAGUGGGUCCUGUGGCCACGGCGGCCCAGCUGUACGAUGAGCGGUCCCCCAUCAAGCACGUGGACGGCUUCUCGUGCCCGGUCAUUCUUUUCCAGGGCCUCGAAGACAAGGUGGUCCCCCCGAACCAGGCUCGCAUGAUGUACGAGGCGGUGAAGGCCAAGGGGAUCCCCACGGCGCUCGUCGAGUACGAAGGGGAGCAGCACGGCUUCAGGAAGGCCGAGAACAUCAAGACAACACUUGAGUGGGAGCUGUUCUUCUACUCCAAGGUGUUCAAUUUUACUCCGGCCGAUCCCAUCGCGCCUCUUCACAUAGACAACCUGUAAUCGAAACGGGCCGCAGUAACGCAUGCUAAUGUUGAAACGUAGAGCGCGCAUAAAGCACACGCCCCGCCUUGAUAGCUAAAUUUUAGAUCUUGGCGCGGUAAAGUGCAAGCCUUGAUUCAGUUCUAAAAUAAGUCGGGCACGCUUUCGGACUUCGAGUUGCAAUUUUUUCAUCUGACC